UCAGUCGGCGUUGAAUCGCUCCGGGAUGAUGUUACCUUUGCUCUUGGUGGGUGCCCUCUGGCAGGUCCUUUUCCCUGCCUGUGGGGCCGAGUUCUACUCCUCCGUGCACGAGAUGACCAAGGUGUUUGGCUACGAGCAGAAAAUGCUGCAGCACAUGCAAAAGUUUGUAGCCGAUAAUCAGAGCAAAUUGGAUUUCCUGAGGGCGCGGCUGGGGGAGUUCGAGCAGGAGCGCAACGAGGCCCUGCACUGGGGCACGACAUACUUCGAGAGUCCUCUGAACCAAUAUUUGCUCAGCAAGCGACUGACGGUGGACUGGCGGCGGGUGGAGAACCUCAUGGACGCCGACACGGGCCAGAAGCCACUGGAGCGGCUGCUGAAGCUGCGACGUAGUCCGUCCAUGCCCAAUGCCAGCGAACUGGAGGGCGCCAUCGAUGGCCUGCUCCGACUGCAGUUCGUCUACCGACUGGAGGCCAAGCACCUGGCCAAAGGUAUCCUGGAUGGAGUAAACCAUGGUACACAUCUUAGCCCCGAGCACUGCCUGGACAUUGCCCGCUUGGCAUUGAGGGAUCAGCACCCGCGACUGGCGCACGCCUGGCUACUGGAGGCGAAAGAGCGCCUGCCUCAGCAACCCGAACUCCACCCCCAGAUUCUGGCCCUGCUCGUACAGGCCAAGGCGGAACUGGGCGACUUCCUGGGAGUAAAUGGCACAUACCAGGAGCUUUUGAACCUACAACCAGCCAGCGAGGAACAUGCCAGAAACUACGAGCAAUUCAUGCGGAACCAUGCAGGAACAGAUGGCUUGUAUGAGUCCAAAAUCAUAGAAGAACAUGCCCCCAUACCCGAGGAUCCCUCGCAGCUGGACGAGUUCCAGGCGUACAGUUUGACGUGCAGCGGCCACCGCAGGCUCACAGCCGGAGAGGAGAGGCAUUUGCGUUGCGGCUACAUGACCGAGACGCAUCCCUUCCUCUUGUUGGCGCCCCUCAAAGCGGAAGAAUUGAGCCAUGACCCCCUGCUGGUGCUCUACCACGACGUGAUUUACCAGAGCGAGAUCGACACUAUCAGGAAGUUGACGACCAACAAGAUCCGCCGGGCAACGGUCUUAGGCACCAAGCAGUCGGUGGUGUCCAAUGUCCGCACCAGCCAGAUCACCUUCAUCCCAAAAACAGAGCAUCAGGUGCUGCAGACCAUCGACCGUCGCGUGGAAGACAUGACCAACCUGAACAUGGACUAUGCGGAGGAUCACCAGUUCGCCAACUAUGGCAUCGGCGGACACUACGCCCAGCACAUGGACUGGUUUACCCAGAAUGCCUUUGAUUAUAAGUUGGUCUCUGCCCCCGAGAUGGGCAACCGCAUUGCAACAGUCCUCUUCUACCUCUCGGAUGUGGCCCAGGGCGGCGGCACUGCGUUCCCCCAUCUGAAGCAGCACCUGCGUCCCAAGAAAUAUGCAGCCGCCUUUUGGUACAACCUGCAUGCAGCAGGCGGAGGGGAUACCCGCACACAGCAUGGUGCCUGUCCCAUCAUUGCUGGAUCUAAAUGGGUGCAAAAUCGCUGGAUUCGGGAGUUCGUGCAGUCCGAUCGACGUUCCUGCCUGCUGUGGGAUGACUCUGUGGCCACCUUUGGCCAAAUCAUGGAGCUGGCCAAACAGCAGAAGGCAGCUGCAAAGAAAGAAUCUAGUUAAACG